CCGAUAGACUAUGCCAGAAACUAGUGGCUGUGUUGUGGACACUCACUCGGCAAUGAAAAUCUGAAUCAGAGUUAAUAUAGAAAGUAACAGAUCAGAGAGAAAAAAUGUUCCCCAGAGAUAACCAUGGCCACCACAAUCUCACUCUUACCCUCUGCUAGCUCUUGCUCUUCUCUUUGGUACCAACUUACAAAGCCCACUUCGAGAAUUCGAUUCAGCUUCAGGGUUAGGGCAUCAUCAUCAUCUGCCAUGGCCUCCGCCGCUGCCACCACUACCAAAGUGGUGCCUGCCGUCAUAGUCGGCGGUGGACGUGUGGGAAAAGCAUUACAGGAGAUGGGUAAUGGUGAUGAUGUGUUGGUGAAGAGGGGAGAGUCUGUGCCGCUUGAUUUCGCUGGACCGAUAUUGGUCUGCACUAGAAAUGAUGAUCUUGAGGCCGUCCUGGAGUCCACACCUCAGUCUCGAUGGGGCGAUUUGGUUUUUUUCCAGAAUGGAAUGCUGGAGCCAUGGUUUCAUAGUAAAGGUAUAGGGGAAGCAGACCAAGUUUUGGCAUAUUUUGCAAUAUCAAAGCUUGGUGAACCUCCCAUCGAUGGUAAGACCGACACAGAUCCUGGGGGAUUGACAGCGGCUUAUGGGAAAUGGGCAUCUGCAGUGGCUGCAAGAUUACGUGCUGGAGGCCUUUCUUGCAAGGUUCUUGACAAGGAAGCCUUCCAGAAGCAGAUGUUGGAGAAGCUUAUAUGGAUAUGUGCAUUUAUGCUUGUUGGAGCUCGUCAUCCCGGAGCAACUGUAGGUGCUGUGGAGAAGGAAUUCCACUCGGAGGUGUCUAGCCUAAUUGCUGAACUGGCAGCUGCAGCUGCAGCAGAAAAGGAUUUGGUUUUUGAAGCAGCCAUGGAGGAUAGGUUAUGUGCUUACUCACGGGCGGUUGCUCACUUCCCAACAGCAGUGAAGGAGUUCAACUGGAGAAAUGGUUGGUUCUAUUCACUUUCCGAGAAAGCCAUUGCAGAAGGGAAACCGGAUCCAUGUCCACUCCACACAGCAUGGCUCAAAGAACUGAAAAUCGUCUAGACUUAUUGUGUACCUUUGGAUCAGAACUCUUAGAGGAAUAGUUGCUUAAUGUGAUUGAAUUGUCUUUAAUAUACGACUUAAAAGUGUCUACUUUUGUAACUACUUCAAAUUUCAACUGAAAUGGUGGUUCCUUCCUCUGCAUUCACAGGUGUUUUUAGCUCUAUAAUAGACAAAAGGGUUGAGAAUGUGUUCUCUUAAUAAAUGCAGGAACUUGGUUGCAGUGCGUCAACUUUUUUCCUACAUUUUCUUCUUUU